AGCAAAAUCGUGAGCGUCCUCAUGCCGAAUGUAAUGUGCUCUUUGAGAGUAGCGGUGAAUAUAGAAAACGCACGAAGAAACAUUUAUUUUGCACAUGCAAACGACCCAAUUGUGGUCGAACUUUCAAUCAUUCAUCGCUUGCCUCUCACAAGGAAAUACGUCAAUGCGAAAACUGUAACAAAUCAUUCAGCACCAAGAGCAACUUGAACAGACACAUGAGCGGAUGCUUU